GGGAAUGUGGCAAGAUGAUGUUUGCCAAGGCAAUGGUGUUGUGGUUACUCAGUUUGGAUUGUAUUAUGAGGGAGCCUUCAGCAUGAACAAAAUGAUGGGGACUGGAAUUCUGCUUUCUGAGGAUGAUACAAUCUAUGAGGGGGAAUUUUCAGAUAACUGGACUCUGAGCGGGAAGGGAACUCUGACCUUGCCAAAUGGAGAUUAUAUUGAAGGUCUCUUCAGUGGAGAGUGGGGAUCUGGGAUAAAAAUCACAGGAACUUACUUCAAACCUAGCUUGUAUGAGAAUGAGAAGGACAAACCUAAAGCAUUGCGGAAACUUGGGAUUCUGGCAGUGCCUGCUGAUGAAAAAUGGAAGGCAGUAUUUGAAGAAUGCUGGAACCAGCUUGGUUGUGAGAGCCCAGGCCAGGGGGACAGAUGGAAGGCUUGGGACAACAUUGCGGUGGCCUUGACCACCAACCGGCGGCAACACAAAGACAGCCCAGAAUUACUGAGCCGUUCACAUACUCAGACACUGGAAAGUCUGGAGUUCAUUCCACAACACAUUGGUGCCUUCACCCUGGAAAAAUAUGAAAAUAUAAAAAAAUAUUUGAUAAAGGCUUGUGAUACUCCACUCCAUCCAUUGGGCAAGCUGGUGGAAACACUGGUAGCUGUCUACAGAAUGACUUAUGUUGGAGUUGGAGCUAAUCGGCGAUUACUGCAGGAGGCUGUAAGAGAGAUAAAGUCCUACCUCAAACGCAUCUUCCAACUGGUUAGGUUCUUGUUCCCUGAUCUUCCGGAAGAGGGCAGCACAAUUCCAUUUGUGGCGACAGAGACAAAAGGGAGGCGGUCAUUUUGCAGUGGAAAAUCUGACUCGAGAUCAGAAUCUCCUGAGCCAGGCUAUGUGGUAACCAGUUUUGGGUUGCUGCUCCCUGUAUUACUGCCACGACUCUAUCCUCCUCUGUUUAUGUUGUAUGCCUUAGACAACGAGCGUGAGGAAGAUAUUUACUGGGAAUGUGUUUUACGUCUAAACAAACAAACUGAUAUGGCUCUCCUGAGUUUUCUUGGAGUGCAAGCGAAAUUCUGGCCAGGAACUGUAUCCAUCCUUGGAGAGAUUAGAAAGGUAUCAUCAAAUACAAAAGAUGCCUGCUUUGCCUCUGCAGUUGAAUGUUUACAGCAAAUCAGUACCACGUUCACCCCAGCUGACAAGUUGAAGGUGAUCCAGCAGACUUUUGAAGAGAUCUCUCAGAAUGUACUUGAGACUCUUCAGGAAGAUUUUCUGUGGUCCAUGGAUGACUUAUUUCCUGUUUUUCUUUAUGUGGUGCUACGAGCCAGGAUAAGGAAUUUGGGGUCUGAGGUGCACUUAAUCGAAGACUUGAUGGAUCCUUAUCUGCAGCAUGGGGAGCAAGGCAUCAUGUUCACUACCUUGAAGGCAUGUUACUACCAGAUUCAACAUGAAAAGCUUACCUAGACCGUCGUUUAUGACCUGGCUCUGUGGAAUAAUCUACUCUGUGGAACUUCACUAAUACCCACUUUCUUCCCUGAAAUGGCACUUAAAAAAUACUCCGUUACAUUCUUUUGUUACAGAUGAAAAUACUCAGUUGUUUCUUCUGAACUUUCAGUUUUAAGAUUGGAAAACUGCAGCCAGAG